AUGUCAGAGGAUAGGAUGGACCUGGACGAACCAGAUGUUGUGCAGUCAGAGCCUGUACCAAAGAAAAGAUUUGAAGUCAAGAAGUGGACGGCUGUUGCGUUUUGGUCGUGGGAUAUCGCAGUGGAGAACUGUGCUAUCUGCAGAAACCACAUUAUGGAGCCGUGCAUUCAGUGCCAACCCACCGCUAUGACAGACACUGAUAACGAGUGUGUAGCAGCUUGGGGUGCAUGCAACCAUGCCUUCCACCUACACUGCAUCAAUAAAUGGCUUCAAACCAGAAACGCUUGCCCGUUGGAUAACCAGACUUGGCAGUUUGCGAAAUACGGCAGGUGA